CCAUUGGUCACAUUCGGUGCCCUUUGCUCCUUGUUGGCGCGGUCGUUAAAAAGCCGGGAGUUGAACAAUACCAGUUUUUAAUAUAUUGUUUGAGUUUUCUUCUGCGAGGAAGGAGUAGGAAAACGAAGUCUGGUCAAAUGUAACAUACCGUAGUGUGGAAAGGAAAGUACACCUGGAAACAAGUUCGGCGGUUGUGAUCGCCGCGGUGCUACUAGCUAGCUGUACCUGAAGUAAGUUGAUCAUCAUGGAAAAUGGCAGAUCUGAAUUUCCAUUUCCCUACCAGCCUUACACCAUCCAGGAGGACUUCAUGUGCGCCUUGUACAGUGCACUUGACCAGGGCAAAGUUGGCAUCUUUGAGAGUCCAACUGGAACGGGCAAAUCUCUGAGUCUGAUAUGUGGAGCGCUGAGCUGGCUUACAGACUGUGAGGCCAAACGGAGGCAGGAGGCCGCCGCUCUGCUGCAAGACGGAGAGACGGCACUUUCCUCACCUGCUAAAGAAGCCUCCUCUCAGAGCUCUUCUGCAGAACCCGACUGGAUCAGCAGCUUUGUUAAAAAAAAAGCUGAACGGGAUUUGGUGUCAAAGUUGAAGGAGGACGAAUUGAAAAGGAAGAAGAGAGAGGAGCGCUUAGAAGCGAUUAGGAACAAUGUUCAACUGAAGUACGCCAUGAAAAGGAAGAGUUACGAGGAAGACGAAGCAUUCAAGUUGCUGGAGCUGAGUAAAGAGGAGCAAUCCGAUGCACUGGCAAACCAAGAAGACGAGGACCUUAUCGUCGUGGAGUAUGAAAGCGACGAUGAGUCAAAGUUAAAGAGCAGGUUGCGUGGAACCGAAGAAGAGGAGGAGGAUGAUCUGGUGGAAGAGCACGUCUCAAAGAUUUACUACUGCAGUCGCACGCACUCGCAGCUCGCUCAGUUUGUCCACGAGGUCCAGAAGAGUCCCUUCAGCAAGGACAUCAGUGUGGUCACGCUGGGCUCACGGCAGAAUCUUUGCGUCAACGAGGAGGUGCGGCGCCUGGGCAGCCUUCAGCGGAUUAACGACCGCUGCAUGGAGAUGCAGAAAAACAAACAUGAGAAGCAGCACGACGAUGAAGGAGCAAAGAGGAAGCGAGGCCCGGCCAAGAGCGUGUGUCCCUACAACAAGGCCUCGGCGCUGCAGCAGAUGAGGGAUGACGUCCUGGGCAGCGUCCACGAUAUCGAGCAGCUCCUGAAGCUUGGCAGGGAAAGUCAUUCGUGUCCUUACUACGCCUCACGACUCGCUGUUCCCCCAGCACAGUUGGUGGUCUUGCCUUAUCAGAUGGUGCUGCAUGGAGCCACGAGGCGCGCAGCAGGGAUUCAGCUGAAGGGACAGGUGUUGAUAAUCGACGAAGCUCACAACCUGAGCGACACACUCUCCUGCAUACACAGUGCAGAGCUCAGUGGCGCGCAGCUUUGCCGCGCCCACUCGCAGCUCAGGCAGUAUGCUGACCGCUUCAAGAGCCGCCUGAAGGCCAAGAAUGUGAUGUACAUUAAACAGGUCCUGUUUGUCAUCGAGGGGCUCGUGCGAGUGCUGGGAGGCAACGUGGCUCAGAAUCCACAGAGCCAAACCACACAAGCAGCUACAGAGAUGCUGACCAUUAACAACUUCCUCUUCAAAGCUCAGAUUGACAACAUCAAUUUGUUUAAGUUGCACAGAUACUUUGAGAAGAGCAUGAUCAGCAGAAAACUGGGUGGUUUUGUGGAGAAGUAUGCAGGUUCGGGCGUGAGUCUGCACACUCCAAUUAGCUCCAACAAAGAGAACCGACGCACCGAGGGCUUAAACCGCUACCUGCAGUCACUGCAGAGCAACCGGAGCAAGGCACCAGUUCCUUCCAACGACCAACCGGAGUCAGUAGAGACCGACACUGUGCUGGCUGCGUCCCCCAUGAUGCAAGUGGAGGGCUUCUUCAUGGCCCUUACCAACAGCAACGCUGACGGCAGGGUGGUGAUACACAAGCAAGGUACGUUGUCGGAGAGCACCGUCAAGUUCCUCCUCUUGAACCCGGCCGUCCACUUUGCCCAGGUGUUGAAAGAGUGCAGGGCCGUCAUCGUCGCAGGCGGAACCAUGCAGCCGGUGUCAGACUUCAAAGAAGAGCUGCUCUUUUCUGCUGGAGUGGAAGCAGAGCGCAUCACUGAGUUUGCCUGUGGUCACGUCAUUCCACCUGAGAACCUGCUUCCCAUCGUCCUGUGCAGCGGUCCUUCUGGCCAGGAGCUGGACUUCACCUUCCAGAACAGAGACUCCCCUCGCAUGAUGGACGAGACUGGCCGCAUCCUCUCCAACAUCUGUAACGUGGUACCAGGCGGAGUUGUGUGCUUCUUUCCCUCAUACGAGUACUCCAGGCGCGUCGUGUCCCACUGGGAGUCCAGCGGGGUUUUGAGCCGUCUCGCCAAUAAGAAGAAGAUCUUCCAUGAGCCAAAGAAGGCCAACCAGGUGGAGCAGGUCCUGGGCGAGUUCUCCCGUUGUAUCCAGAGGUGUAGUCUGCAAGGCGGCGGCCUGACGGGAGCGUUGCUCUUCUCCGUCGUCGGCGGAAAGAUGAGCGAGGGCAUUAAUUUCUCCGAUGACCUGGGCAGGUGUGUGGUGAUGGUGGGAAUGCCCUACCCCAACAUAAAAUCUCCGGAACUGCAGGAAAAAAUGUCUUACCUGGACAAACACCUGGUGAGACGCAACGCUGCCCCACAGCGGAGGGAGGAGCCCUGGCCAAGCAUUAAUAGAAAACCUCUGCAUGAAGGCUGUCAAUCAAUCAAUCGGUCGAGCCAUCCGUCACCGUGGCGACUACUCCUCCAUAGUGCUGUGCGACAGGCGAUACUCUCGCCCCGCCACGCUCUCCAAACUUCCGGCGUGGAUCAGAACCCGCACCAGCACGCACCAAAGCUUCGGGCCCGCCUUCGCCGCCUUACGCAAGUUCUUUGUGGAGAAGAAGCAGCUGCAAAUGUGACGAGAUCGGAUAUUCUACAACCCGCUGGCGGAUUUACCAGCAAUGAGAAUAUGUUCUGUUUAUCAAUGAUGUUGAAGACGUUAGUGAGGUCAAACCAGACACGUCCCAGUACUUUUGUCCGUAGAGUGUCUCGGACAAGUUACAUUUUCUAA